GGUGAGCCGUGGUGCCAGACAGGUUCGUUCUGGGCUUCUGAUGAGUUGAGUUGGAGCAUUGCCAGAUCCGUGCUGGGAAAGCUGGUUUUCCUAAAUGCUUGGACAGCUUUGAGGGGGGCUUUGGAGCUGUGGGGCACAGAGAGCCUUCAGUCCAGGGGUGUUAUUGAUAUAGGAGAGAAGAGGUUGGGAAGUUCAGGGAUGGGAGCCACAGGACAGUCCUGUGCUGCUUUCUGCCUCUCUGGCUGCUGUGGAGCUGGAGCCAUCUGGCAGAUUUGCCCUGGCCAUAGCAGAAGAGGCCACGGGGCCAUGUGCCAGUGCUGGCGGGCUACUGUCACACUCCUAUGUGAGCAGCCUCCAGCUGCAGCUGGAGGAGCUUUAUGGAUGGUGCAGGAUCAGCUUGGCCGGGUUUUGUCUGCCAAGCGAGGUGGUUGUGUGAGACAUGCCCUGGGUUUUGACUGCAGGCGCUGUGGGGGCCCUGGGGAUUUGGGGUGGGGAUGUGCUGGCUCCCACCUCUGAGAUCUGCUGCUCCAGGGUGUUGGGACAGCCUGGGAGAGCAGCUCCGAGCACAGGGCACUGGCACAAUUCCCCAGGGCUGCGUUUCACCGCCGGCUUUCCCCACGUUCCCUGACCGCUUCCUCCCUUCCCGCAGGCAUGAGUGCCCAAGCCUGCCCCCAGCACUGAGCAGCCGGAGCCGCCAGGAUGCCGAUCCCUCCUCCCCCGCCGCCACCCCCCGGCCCCCCGCCACCCCCCACCCUCAGUCAGGCAAACACAGAACCGCCGAAGCUGAGCCGAGAGGAGCAGCGGGGCCGUGGGGCUCUCCUGCAGGACAUCUGUAAAGGGACCAAGCUCAGGAAAGUGACCCAAAUCAAUGACCGGAGUGCACCCAUCCUGGAAAAGCCCAAGGGCAGCGGCGGCAGCAGCUACAGCUCCAGCUCAGCCGCCAUCCAGCCCAAGGGCGGCCUCUUCCAAGGCGGCGUUCCCAAGCUCAGACCUGUGGGAGCCAAGGACAGCUCAGACAGCUCUGCUAAACAAACACUACAAGUCCCUGGCUCCCGAGCAGCUGCUCCCAGGCCCCCCGUGCCGGCCAGCAACAGCCGCCCUCAGGACGAUGCCGACAGCAGCCGGGGGUCCCCACCGGAACUGCCGCGCACGCAGAGACCCUCCCUGCCUGACCUGUCCCGGCCCAGCACCGCUGGCGGCACCGGCAUGAAGCACAGCUCCUCUGCCCCACCACCCCCACCGCCAGGACGCCGCGCUGCCGCCCCCCCGGCCCCCCCUGCGCCGCACGCCAAGGCCUCACCCUACAACCGGGAGAAGCCGCUGCCGCCCACCCCGGGACAGCGCCUGCCCAGCAGCAGGGACGGGCCCCCCGCCCCGCCGCCCAUCAAACCCCCUCCUUCCCCAGUCAGUCUCCGGUCGGGCGCUCAGGGCCAGUCUCUCGCCCCUCCGCCUCCCCCGUACCGGCAACCCCCCAGUGUCCCCAACGGCCCUUCCAGCCCCAGCAGCGAGUCGGCUCCGGAGCUGCCACAGAGACACAACUCCUUGCACAGGAAGGCGCCCGGCCCGUUGCGGGGUCUGGCACCGCCGCCCCCCACUGCUGCCUCCCCGUCCCUGCAGAGCAGCCGCCCCCCACCGCCGGCCAGAGACCCCCCAAGCCGUGGAGCAGCUCCGCCGCCCCCGCCGAUGAUGCUGCGGAACGGAGGGCGCGACGCCCCCCCGCCCCCACCCCCCUACAGACUGCACGGCCCCGCCGAGCCCCCCAGCCGGGGGAAGCCCCCGCCACCCCCCACCCGGACCCCGGCCGGGCCGCCGCCACCACCGCCCGUGCGGAACGGGCACCGGGACUCCAUCUCCACCGUCAGAGCAUUCCUGGAUGACUUUGAAUCCAAAUACUCCUUUCAUCCCGUUGAAGACUUCCCAGCCCCAGAGGAAUAUAAAUACUUCCAGAGAAUCUACCCCAGCAAAACAAACAGAGCUACGCGUGGGGCUCCCCCUCUGCCCCCUAUCCCCAGGUGAAAGCGGGCUGUGCAGGUGGAUUGUUCCAGAGCAGAGACAUGGACCUCCUUCCCCUUCCUCAGCUGGACCCCCCCCAGCUCCCAGCCCCCCGGAUCCUGCAUGACACACUCCCAGCCUCUCCGGUUUUCCCAGGACAAGCGGAUCUCCCCAGCCCAGCGUGCUCCGCCAGCCCUGCCUCAUCUAUGCACCCCCCAGGACUCAGUGACCUCGUGGCAAGCCUGAAUGGGUCCAUCCCUCAUUCCUCCUGAUGGAUCCUGGAUCGGGAUCUGCCUGGGAGCCGGGCAUGGGACUUGAGGCCGAGCCGUGUGCCGGCUGUUGGGAUCGGGGGGGCUCAUGGAGAGGGGCUGGGAUCAGGCAGGGAGGGAAUGGACACGCUGUGAGACCCUCAGAGUGAGGGGAAGCGGGGACAGGCUGGCAGAGCCUCGUUAUCCUGGGAAAGCCUGUUAUCCAGGUGGAACCUCGUUAUCCUGGCACAGCCCAUUGCUUUUUUGCACAGGAGCCAGUGGAGGUGAGGGGGGGGAACGUAAGUGGGACCAUGCAGGGACACCCUGACAGCACUGGGCUGGUGGGGACCCUCUUUCUGUGACCCCACAGGUGGGGCACCCCCAUGUGCUCCCCUCAAAACCACUGCUCCCCUGGCACUCCCCCCCAGGGUUCCCCUGGCUCUCACUGCUGACCCCCCCAAACUUGAGCAUUUUAACAAGAAAACACUAAUUACACUGGGGGGGAGGGAGGGGCGUUUGUGCUGGGUCUGGUGCAUCGGAGGGCACGUUGGGGGGGCCCUGGGGGCCGGUGAUGUUUUGCCUUACACUCCCUGUCCGACGGGUGGUCCCACGGCGGGGGUCACACUAACGUAGUUACUGAUCUCUUUGUACCAUAGCAGGAAGGGCGUGGGGUGCAGGGGGGCCACCCCUGCAGACGGGUUUGGGGCUCAUUCAGGGGAUUUUUUUCUAUGAUGAUGGACCAUCCCCUGUUGAGGCUGGAGUGAGGUGGGUGAGGGGUGAGUGGGGGGUUUCUCUGGAGAAUGAGCCCCCCCCAGUGCUGCCCUUUUGGGUUAAAUAAAGGUUCAACACGGUUCUGCCCCUCCUGGAGCGAGGGGCCCUUUUAAAAGGGAACAGAGGAAUUUGGAGGAGCUGGAAAUUACAUUUAAAUAAAAGUAAUAAAGUGAUAAAUGAUGUCAAGGA